AUGUUUAUGGCAGGAACCGUGUACGGGCCACUAGGGAAUCCAAAACUGACAUAUAGCAGCACUGUGAAGUUGAGAGCCGGAAUUAACAAGAUUUCUUUACUAAGUGUUGCUGUUGGCCUUCCGACAUGGAACACGAGGGUUCUUGGCCCGGUCACAUUGAAGGGCCUCAAUGAGGGGACAAGAGACUUGACAAAGCAACAGUGGUCUUACAAGGUUGGUCUAAAAGGCGAGGGCUUAAAACUGCAUACACUUGAUGGAAGUUCCUCUGUUGAGUGGGCUGAGGGAUCACUAUUGGCUACAAAACAACCCUUGACAUGGUACAAGACUACAUUCAACGCACCAGCAGGAAAUGAUCCAUUAGCUCUUCUUUUUUUUUGGUUGAUUCUCCUUUCUCAUCUCUUUCUGAUUUUGAUUUGAUUUCUAGAGUUUUGAUUUUGAUUUCUAGGGUUUUGAUUUUGAUUUGAUUUCUAUUCAAUUAAGCUAAAUUUUUCUCCCUUCCAGUUUCAUUUCAGCAUUUUUUUUUGUUGAUAAAUACAGUUUCAUUUCAACUUUAUGAUCUCAAGGAUCAAGGAUUCAUAGAGACAGGAGCUUAUGAGGUAUUUUGAAUUGUGUUGUGUUUAUAGCUCUUCAAUGAAAAUUUCUAUUGAUUUGGUUAUGUAACAUGUUUUGAUGGUUUGAAUGUCUCUGUUCUUACAGAAAUUGUUUCCAAUUGCUAGUUAAAUUUUGCUUUGUUCUGAAUUUUGAUGGAGAUAUUAGUUGCUUAGUUA